AUGUUCGCUCUGAAUAAUUUGAAAGAGACAAGUAAAGAUAACGAUGAGAAUUCAUCUACGAAAUAUUCAGUACUAGAAACAUCAUCAUCUCCAACAUCUUCAAGGACAAAGCUUCCGACAAAAAUCAACUCUCCAUUAUGGAAUACGUGGGAGUUUGGUUUAUAUUAUUUUAUCGUUACAAUUUCCGUUUUACUUAUGUUCAAAGUCGGACAUGAUUUGAGUAAAGAAACACAUCCAAACUAUAAGAAAUAUUCUUGGAGAUUACAAGACGGAUGGAUAUUUGGGCGUAAAGUGGAUAAUAGCGAUAUACAAUUCGCCUCAUUUCGCGACCAUUAUGGUGCAUUGAUUUUUGCCUUAGCAGUUUAUCUUGUUUUGAGUCAUUUAUAUCGAAUUUUUUUGGUAUUUGAAGGCUCGAUCGCAAACCCUAUAAUAACUUGGAUAUUUAAUUUGGGUGUUUUGUUUUUGAAUGAAGCUUAUGGUAAUUACAAGUUUGAAGAUCUUAAUGAAAAUUUCGCAUUUUUGGAUAACAAUCUUGGAUUAAUGACUAGAUGGGAUGUCACUUUCAAUAUAUGUAUGUUACGACUUGUGUCUUUUAAUAUGGAUUAUUAUUGGUCAUUCCAACCCUCUAACAACUCCCCUGAGAGAAGUGAUAGAGAUCUUGCGCCUCUGACUGAAAAGGAUCGGAUAAUUGGUCCAUGUUUUCGUGAAGACUAUAAUUUUAUUUAUUAUUUAAGUUACGCUUUAUAUGCACCAUUGUAUCUGGCUGGCCCAAUCAUUACCUAUAAUAACUUUAUAGCUCAAUUGAGAUAUCCAUGUGAAAUAGACCUCAAGGCAACAUUAAUAUACGGAAUCAGGCUUUUCAUUGCAAUAAUGAUAAUGGAAUUUAUGCUUCAUUAUACAUACGUUGUUGCUAUUGUCAAAUCAAAAGCAUGGGAUGGUGAUUCACCACUUGAACUGGCUAUGAUUGGAGUUCUCAAUUUGGAAUUGGUUUGGUUAAAGUUAUUGAUAAUCUGGCGAUUUUUCAGAUUUUGGGCGAUGUCAGAUGGAAUAAAUACGCAAGAAAAUAUUUUAAGGUGUAUGUUAAAUAAUUAUUCGACCGCUGGAUUCUGGCGUAGCUGGCAUCGAAGCUAUUAUAGAUGGAUAAUUCGAUAUAUUUAUAUUCCACUUGGUGGAAACAAACGUACUACAUUUAAUAUGUUAAUAGUUUUUAUAUUUGUAGCAUUAUGGCAUGACAUUUCAUUAAAGUUACUGGCAUGGGGUUGGUUGAUUUGGCUGUUUAUUUUACCAGAAACUAUUGCUAAAAAACUUUUUUCUUCACAAAAAUGGAGUGAUUGGCCACAUUACCGACAUUUAUGUGCAGUUGGUGCUAUAUUGAAUUUUUUGAUGAUGUGGGCUGCAAAUUUAGUUGGAUUUGUCGUCGGAUUAGACGGAAUGAAAGUUUUAUUUACAAGUAUUUUUAUGACACCUACAGGACUAAUGGAACUUGGAAUUGCCUGUAUUGUAUUAUUUGGUGGUGCACAAAUACUCUUUGAAAUUAGAGAGGAGGAAAAAAGAAGAGGCAUUAACUCUGAAAUUAGAUUUUAA